GCCCAACGACGUCUGCGUAACUCCGGCUCACGUCGGCAGGAUCCAGGAACUGCUGCUGCUGCUGCUGCUGCCGCCCCCGCGAUUGCCGCCACUGCAGUCCCGCCCCCGUCGAUCCCCACACUUCUGCCCCACCUCGCCAUCUCUAUCCACCACCUCACUCCCGUCGCCCGCCCCCCCGCGCUAGCCCUCGUCCAUCGGCCGGAGAGGUAGCUUAGGUACAUGGGCCUUCCUGUGGGUACCUGAGUCAACUCCCUCUUCAUACCCUUUUCGCACCACGCCUGCCCCACACAUCAGCGGCAUACUUCAUCUUCACCUCCUCUCAGCUUUCCACCGACUGCUGAGAGUAGUAGAGGAGAAAAGAACCGCCCGGCAAGCAGUCUCAGCAUGCCUCACAACCUCUCGGCUUUGCCUGGGCCCUUUCUCGAGCUUUCCACUGCCAAUCUGCACCUGAAUGAUCUCAGUGUUGAUCAACUGGCUGCACUAUGGAACGUCUUCACCAAAGUCGGCGAUUCCUUGCACAAAGGAAGGCGGUUGGAGAACUUCGUAUGGAGAGCAUGGCAUAGAGAGGCACAUCUGCUGCCGCCUGAUAGUUCUUGGUCAGACUUUGCCGACUGUACGCCUCUAGAGACACCAGCGAUAAGUCGGGCCGGCAGCAUAUCACAUGGUCUGCAGCGAAGGCCGAUCGUAGCUCAGAUCACACCGGGAUACUGGGCAGCAAAGCAAGCGGAUGAGAAUGCUCCUUCUGAUCCAGAGAGCGGGGCUGACUGGAGUGAUGACAGUGAAGAAGAAGGAGAGCUCCGGACAAAAGGUGCUGGGAAAGCGUCACGGAGUAAUGCUGCUGCUGGACCAUCAUCAGGGAAGCAAGCUGAAGCCCCAAGCAGGCCACGCCAACCGUCAGCGGACAGAGGCAGACCUUCCGAUCGAGAUUCUAACCCGCAGUACAACAACGCUGCUGGUGCAACAGCAGACAGCUCAGCCCUUCAGUCGCCUCCAUCACUUGCUGCAGCCUCCAUUGCGAGGAGGCGGAUUGGCGAUACCCUUUCAUUAGGCGCGAGCGAAGCAGUCAACGAUCGCAAGCGGGCUGCCUCGUCCUCUUCCUCCGCUUUUGGCAGUCGAGCCCGGGUACGCUACUCCAACCUACGGAAGGCCAACCGUUCCCGGCCCCUGAGCUUUCAAGCAGCUCUGGAAAGUCUGGCGACUGGCACAGAGUCUGAUGAUCUCACGCGCCUGGCACAGGAGCAUCAAAGGCGUGGUCUGGGGGUGGCUCACGAGAGAAGAUCUUUCCAGGGACCAGAAGCCAUCGAUAUGCUCAAGUCGAACAGCCCGCAAACCCAGGCAGCGGAAGACGAGCUGAUAGCUGCGUCCCAUUCAAGUGCUCCUGCUGGUUCUGGCUUCGAAGCCAGACACGCUGGUAUUCCAGACGAUGCCAGACCCUCUUCCAUCCGAACGGAUUCGGUAGGAACUCUGGAGACCGUGAAAGGCGAGCCCGCUGGUGAGAAUUCUAGAGCAGAGCCUACAAUGCCGCUGCCGACCGAGCCUGUGCAGCAUAGCUCGGUCUCCACCAAUCGUACAGAAAGGAGUCCAAGCAAGAUAGCAGAAUCUCAGCCCCAGCCGGUACCAGCAAGCACGAAGGAGCGUGAAUCCAACAAGGAGAGCCCACGUGCUGCGCGAGGCCAAGAUUCAAAGAAAGCAAAGUUCUUCCUCUCUGCCUCUGUCAGCAAAAGCUACGACGACGACGCUCAUGACUACCAUGACGACAAUGCUGGUCGAUCUCAGCCUGCGCUUGAGAACCGCACUGUUUCGGAUGCUGCUGGCACUGGCCUCUCAACGUCGCAACAAGAGGAUGGAAAGUCGGAAGCAGCUCCUCUUAAGCCCAACAAGAGCAGGACUGACGUACGGUCGGGUGGUCUGAGUAGCGCCCACAGGAAUCGAUCCGGCGCAAGCCUUCACAAAGGAAAGGGCAAAGUAAGCGGUGGCAGGGGUAGCACAGGCCGUCUGGCUGCUGCGGGACUCACGAUGACGAAAGCUGCUGCUGCCACAGGUGCAGCCCCACCAGUGACGCUCGCUCCUUCUGCAGCCACGAAGGGGCCUGCAAAACCUGCUCUGGUGACGAAGCAACAGCAUGCGAAGAAGAACAAGCCAGUGAAGUUUAUCAUGGGUGCAGACGAGGAAGAAGACGAGGACGAGGAGGAUGGCUUCUCCGACGAGGAGUCUGAACCAGAGGCAAAAACUGCACCAGCUCUGAACGCCAAGAAAGCCGACGUCGCUCCCACCAGCACCGCGACGCCGGCCGAAUCCACAACCAGUAGGGAAGAUCAAGCCGCAGUGCAGGCAGAUAAGCGUCAAAGUAUACCCGAGCCUGCGAAGGAAGUAGUUCAGGAUGAUGAGUGGCAGAACGACGACGAAGACGAGUGGUCAAGCGACACGUCUGCUGAGGCAGAGGAAGAACGUCGCCGUGCUGACGAAGCUGCUCGCCGUCGUCGCCGUGCAGAGGAAGAGCAUCAGAAGUCAUUGUUCCAGAAGAUUCCGGUACGGUCUGCCAGUACCGCAGAUCUUCCCAACGUUGUCCCGGCGAGACCGAAGACUCCCCUGCAGGCUAGCCAACCACAAGUACAACCUGCACCUGCACGUGGAUUGCUCAGCUCGCUCUUCCAUCCGGAGCAGGAGCCGCACCCGCCUCCGGGACAGCUUCAUGGACGUCCGCAUGCCUCCGCUGCUGAUCUUCGUGGCAGUUCGGGCGCUACGAUUGUUCGUCCAUCCUCGACCACUGGGCAAAAGAGCGAGCGCAGGCAACAUAGGCCUCCUUCGCUCAUUGGUAGUCUACCCCGUGCGUCCGACGCUGGAGGUCCCCUCCGAUCCAAGAGUGCCGUUGCUUUGCCUGUUCUCAACACGACAACGACAACGACAACGAUGCUUGACGCAGGCAGCGGAGCGUUAGAUUCGGAUGCGGAAGACGAGUACCUCACUACAGCUUCUCGUCCACGGGGCAAAAGUACUUCCUCUCGCAGGUCCGACUCGCGCAGAUCGUCGAGAGGUGACGCCACCGUCGCUGAGUCGACCGCUUCGACCGAAAGGAUGCUCCAGCAACAACAGGUAUCCCGUCAGAGGAGAUCCGCCUCCAACGAUCGAUCUCCUCAGCGAGCCGCAUCCGCUGGUGAUGCCUCGCCACCCGCCCCUCCAGAGCCGGUCUCGGCGACAGGCGUCUCCUCCCACCGAAGGGAAUCUAUGCCUCUGCCGACGCCGGCGGCGCCUCAGACGCCUCGCACCACGAGGAGGAACAUGUUGCGCGAUGAGCUCUCCGAAAGUCUGAGACAGAAUUUGCUGUGGGAGCGACAGUCGAGAAACAGGAUGCUAGGUAUCGGAGGCAAUCCCUCUACUGCGGCUAGUCGGGUCACGAAUUCAGCUGCACAAGCGAGUAGAGCAGGAGAUGCCCCUCCUGUAGCUCCUGUUGCGAGAGCCCCGAGAAGGGAAACCGUACUCGGUGGUGGACCUCUUCGACCCCUCACGCAAGGCCACACUCACAAUGCUAGCGAUCAGUACGCUGCUGCUACCGCUAGGCUUGGUGAGCCUCAAGGCGGAACGAGCCAGAGAACUUCAUCGAUCCAUCAACACUCGCGCUCUACACCACACCUUCCGCACGCAGCUUCGAACGCUCAUCAUCAGCACAAUACUCCCGGAGGACACGGUAGUGGCAAUGGCAACGGCCAUGACGGGUUGCUCCACCCGCCCGCCUUCAAUCGUAGCCAGAGUGGGCCUGCUAGCCGACCCAACAGCGCUCAGACUUCGGAUGAGGAAGGCAGUAGCAGUAGCGAUUUGCGGCGCAAUAUGGACGAAUCCGGACACGGCGGAGCAGAUCGUGGAAGGGGAGGGGGGAGAAAGAAGGUCAUGUGGCCUGGUGGAUUCCCAAAUUAUCACCAGCACGGCUGGUGAGAACUUUACUUGGAGGACAGAAGAUGGCAAAGUAGGCCAGUCCUGCCUCGGACUAUUGACUCCACGCUCCUACACUACGUUCUCCCGCCCAUGUCAGUUUCCUCGGCUCACUUCUGGGAUUCCGUGCCUCAUGUUGCC